AUGAGAACGACAAGUUUUCUGUCAUUCUUACAAUUCUUCGUCAUUUCAAUCAGUCUCCACAGUAUUGUUGAUGCUCUGGUGGAUUGGAACGCGAUUCCAGAAGGAUCCGUCGUUGGUCCAGGGUUUGGCAUCGUCAAGGCCAAUAGCUUUUGCGAUGUUGUCAAGGAUGAUUCCUUGGAAUUGAACGAAGCCUUGCAGGGACGAAACUUGUCUGUGGUGGUACAAUAUGGUCCUGGAUUUGAUUUCUUUCAAUACGAUCCUGAUAUGGAGUUGUCUUUGGAAAAUCCAAGUGGAAUGGUGGCCACACUGUUGGAUGACUUGGCGGAACGAGCAGGCUUUUCCUGGCGGGAAUCCUUUGUGGCUUACGACACGGCCACAACCGAUCUCUUGCAUGGUUCGGGUGCCGGAAAGUGGGACCGCAUGCUGAAUUGGACCACUUCGAAUUUUGAUCUGUCUGUAGACAAAUGGUUCUUGACCACUGCUCGACUCGAAAGUGAAAUUGUCUUUUUGCACUCUUGGUUCGAUGCUAGUUUAAUCUUGGUGGAUCAAGGAGACGAAGUAGAUUUUAAUUGGUUUGGCUUUGCGGCUCCCUUUGAUUUCUGGGUCUGGAUGGCCAUUGUGGGUACGGUGAUUGCCAGUGCCAUUUUCAUGAUGUGCAUUGAAGCCUUGGAGAAUCGGCGGCAGAAUAGGUCACUUUCGUCUUGGUUUGGGGAUCAUAUCUACUCGUCCAACCUGGCCUUUUCCCAACACUUCUUAUACGACUAUCCCCGCACGGGAGCGGGCCGAAUUUUCUUGUCCACCUUUGCCUUUUGGUCCCUGCUGAUUGUUUCCACUUAUACUGCCAGCUUGGCGUCGAUUCUGGUUGAAAAUGUGCUGUCAAGUUCUGUUGAUUCCAUUCAAGGAGCCAUGGACAACAGCCUCUUCAUUUGCAUUCAUGAUGGAAGUGCCAGUGAUACGAUUGUCAAGACCCUUUUUCCCACAUUUAAGAAUUAUGAAAAUGUCGUGAGAGCAUCGACUCCCACCCAAAUGUACCAGCUACUGUUGGCGAGAAAGUGCGACAUUCUGGUAGGAACUCGGCAAGAGUAUGAAAUUCUUCAGAAUCAAGAAAGGUAUGGAUGCAAUUUGGUGCAAGCCGGUCCCGAGAUCCACUCGGGUUCGGCAAGUUUUGCCAUUAAAUUUGAUCCGCUCCGUUGCGAUUCCGUCCUGGCCUAUGUGCUCAACAUUCACAUGCACGCUUUGACUGCGGAUGGGACCCUCGGAAAGUACUGGGAUACUUACCUGAGUGGUCUUCCACAAAAAUGCCCCACGGAAGACUUUUGGGGGAAUGUACUGGAACAGAAUCGUCGCUUGGAAGUUGAGAUGGAAGGGAAAGAGAUGUUGCAAGACAAGAUUGAUUUGCCAACAACUACGGCGCGAAAUCUCAAGGGAGGCGGCGGAGGUGGUGGUGGUGGCGGCGGUGGUGGUGGAAGAAGUGCCGCUGUUCAGGGUGGGACUGAAAAAGAAUUCAAUCAGCUCAAGGGAAUGGCAGGAAUGUUCAUGGUCCAUGCCAUUGGUACAGUUGUUGCAUUGAUAUUGGCCACAUAUACACAAUUCCAUAGGAAGACGAUUAAAGAACCUCGGAAUCGAGAGAAGGUGGAAAAGAUGAAUUUGGGAGAGUUGGAUGUGUCGGAGAGAGGUGCCGAAGUGCUGAAGCAACAAAUGCUUAAAGACUCUCGGCUUCGAAGGCAGGUUUCGAAUCAGCUAUCGACCAGGGGAACUUCGGUUGGUUUACCCUCUGAUUAUACUACCGGAACAAGCGAACGAAAACUAAUAACUACGGCGGGACGUCGCAAUCGAGGACAUCAUCAUGAGUCCAUGUGCCAGCAGCAGUUGUCGGCACGACAAAUGCCCCGUAUUGCUGACGAUGGUGAAGGGAAAGGAGAAUUGCUAGAGCAGUAUGAAGCGCUGAAACAAGACUUUGAGAAUCGAAUACAUGAUGUGAAGCAAGAUUUCACGAGUCGAUUAGACGAUCUCCUAGCACAACACCUUGGCGAUCAUAGUACGACCUCAAAAACUCAUGAAACCAAGGACGAUUCUUCAUCCGAUGACUCGUUGGACGGAUCAGCGAUUGGUAGUCCCACUCUUCCGAGAAAGACGCCCAUCGUAUCUGUUGAUAUGGACGGGUCCAUCAAUGAAGUACAGGGGGAAGGAAAACGUUCUACUAUUGAUGCCUCUGGACGGACGACGACAAGUUGCUGA